AAACAACCCUAAUUUAUUCUCAGCACCAGUCCCUCCCCUUACUUGUAUCUGCUUCCAAGGGGCCUGGACAGCAGCCCCCACAGCUGGCCCUCUUUGGCCUCGGGGGAACAGGAGCUAAUUUGGGCCAUGACUUUUGAGAUCUACCCCUGCCCCAGAAGGUCAUGAACUCCGACUCCAGGCCCUACUCAGGUAGGGGGAUAAAACAAGGCAGAAUAGGGGAGCAGAUCCUCGGCAUCCCAGGUCUAUUUCUCCACCCCAGUGCCACAGAGUGGACGUGGGAACCCUCAUGUGCCCCCUCCCUCGGGCCACCCAGCUUACGCUGAGGCCUCACUUUGUGCCGAGGUGGGCCAGUCCUUCCCUACCUCCUCACCCCUCACUGGGUAGCUCAGUGGCAGGUUGGGCAACAGAAGCGCUUAGGAUCCCUCCAGACCGAAGGAGAGCAGCUGGCUGCAGGCAAGGAUCUCCCGGGGCUGGUGGGGCAGGGACGCCUGCAAUUGCCCAAACUCCUCAUCUAGGGCUGUGGCCUGGCCUGAGGGCUCCAGGAACAGUGGGUGCUGGGCAACCUGGGAACCCCCCACCCCUAGACUGCCAUUCCCUGCCUGUGGCUGGAGGUCCUUUCUCCCCAGCAGCACUGUUGCCCUGGGUUGCCUAGGCCAUCCCUCCCCCACCCCCAGCAUGAUACCUUCCCCCCCCAAUCCCAGUCUCCAGUUUUGUUCAGUUGUGAAUGCUGCAUCCUGUCCUGGUGACAGGAGAACAAUGUUGAUGAAGUCGCAGUGGUGAUCCUUGCUCCCCUGGGUUGGUGGGGGGGCGGAAGCCCUGGUAGCCUGCGAGCCCUGGUGAUAGUGCUCUAUCUGGGGCCGCAGCGUGUCUACUGGGCCUCCGGGUUAUUUCUGGCGGGUGGCAGCGCUGUGGUCGGUUUGGCCGGGGUGCUGGGGCCUGGCAGGGGCCGGGCGGCAUUAUCGCUUGGCUCUCCAGCCAACGCUUAGCGCUCCAGAACAAGCCAGGUCACCAUCCUCUCGCCAUGGGCUCUGGGCCGCGCCGGGCGCUGAGCCUGCUGCUCCUGCUGCUAGCGCCGCCCAGCCGCCCAGUCGCGGGCUGCCCCGCGCCGUGUGGCUGUGCGGGGACGCGCGUGGAUUGUGGGCGCCGCGGGCUGACAUGGGCCUCGCUGCCCGCCGCCUUCCCGCCGGACACGACUGAACUGGUGCUGACGGGCAACAAUCUGACGGCGCUGCCGCCGGGGCUGCUGGACUCGCUGCCCGUGCUGCGCGCCGCGCACCUGGGCGGCAACCCCUGGCGCUGCGACUGCCGCCUGGUGCCACUGCGCGCCUGGUUGGCCGGCCGGCCCGAGCGCGCGCCCUACCGCGACCUGCGCUGUGCCGCACCCCCGGCGCUGCGCGGCCGCCUGCUGCCGUACCUGGCGGAAGACGAGCUGCGCGCCGCCUGUGCGCCGGGCGCGUUCUGCUGGGGGGCGCUGGCAGCGCAGCUCCUGCUGCUCGGCCUCGGGCUCCUGCACGCGCUGCUGCUGCUGCUGCUGUGUCGCCUGCGCCGGCUGCGCGCCCGCGCCCGCGCCCGCGCCCGCGCCGCGCACCCGUUGUCGCUGACCGCCCCGCUGGUGGCGGAGACGGCCGGAGCCAGCGAGUUCUACGAGUAGUCCUGAGAGGCGCUGAGCGACGCGGGCGUGCCAGCCCGACAGGACCCUGCCCCAAGGAGCCCUCGCCCUGACCCGGACCGGGGCUCGUCCUCCGCCUGGGCACAGUCUUCCAGACCCCACCACCCCCCUGCGGGCCCCGGGCCACACGCGCCCCUCUGCAGCGAGGCGAGCCAAAGCCCAGGACGCUUAGGCGGGUCAAGGGGGUGAGCUGCAGCCCAGCCCCUGCGAGGUUCCCCACACCAAACUCCAGUGCAGAAUAAACCCUUCUCCCAAUCUGACUGGUCUCUGUGCCCCACCACCCGGAAAUUCCCCUCCCAAACCACAGGACAAGCCCUAGGAGGUGAUUCAAGGGGGAUGCAUCACAUCUUCCUACACCCAACACGGGAUCAGUGACUCUCCCAGACCACUCACUUUCAAAGGAGUUCAAGUGGAAGGCACAGAAGAACUCAGACAGUGACCACAUUAUAGGGUAGUGAAGACAUUGUGGGGACAGUGAAAACAGUGUUGAGACAGUGAGGACACUGAGGGGCAGUGAGGACACAGGGACGGUGAGGAUACUGGACAGUGAAGACAGUGGGGACAUCGAGGGCACUGCAGGACAGUGUGGUUGAGAGGAAGAGAGAGGAUGUUUGGAGUUGGGGUCUCUGGGGGUCAGUGAGGGGCCGUGAGGAGGCUCUGAGGACUGUUGGGAGCGUAGAUGGGCAGAUUUCAGGGCAGUCAGGGAUGGGUCAGGGUGGUGAGAAUAAUCUGAUGACCCACCUGGAACUCCCUGGGCAUCUGAAUUAGAAGCUCAGCCUCUGGAGGACAGGUGAGGCAGGUCCCUGCAGGGUUGAGUGGGUACCAGGGUGUUGCACAGUGUCUGGAGUCAUGUUCUGCACUUGACCACCACUUCCUGUGGG